AUGUUUGGUCCCUUGCGCGCCGGGCGCCUGGCCGCGGGCAGGGGGACCGUCGGCCUGCAGCUCCUAUCCAGGCUCUUCAGCUCGCUGCCCAUCAUUGACGUGGGGCCGCUGGUCGCUGAAAACUCGGAUCUGGCUGAAAGGCAGGCAGUUGGGGCACAGCUGCACAUUGCCUGCCGCGAUGUGGGUUUCUUCUACAUCAAGAACCAUGGGAUUCCCGAGUCCACGUAUGGCAAAGUGCUGACUGAGGCCCAGAGAUGGUUUAAUUUGCCGGAGAAUAUAAAGGAGCAAAUUAAGAUAACACCCCAAAGUCACUACAGGGGCUACCAGAGACUUGGCGCAAAUGUGACUCGCUAUGAGGGUGGCUUUCAACGGGACUGGCACGAGGGCAUUGACCUGUACAAGGAGGAAGAUAUUGGAGAUGUUGAAGCUCAGGGUCGGCCGGCCAGCCCGAUCCAUGGACGGAACCAGUGGCCUCACCAGCUGCCGUCGUUUGAGGCCAUCCUCAGGACAUACAUCGAGAGCAUGCUGACACUCUCGGCAAAGAUUGCAAGAGGAAUCGCUCUGGGUUUGGACCUCAAGGAAGAUUAUUUUGAUGGUCAGCUUGCAGGCGACUCUUAUUGGGUGACUCGGGUCAUUCAUUACCCACCCCUGUCCGAGGGAACCCAACACAGAGGGGAGGACGGUGGCAUCACAGCGGAAGCCAGCGAUGCCGCGCAAGGUGCUGUGGUGGAUAGAUCGGUCCAAUUGAGUUGUGGCGAGCACACAGACUAUGGCAUGCUCACCAUGGUCAACCAGACUCCUGAUAUGACGGCCCUACAGGUGCGGAAUGCCCAGGGCGAAUGGGUUCCAGCCGCGCCCAUUCCGGGAACCUUCGUCUGCAAUAUUGGCGACAUGUACAAGGUUUGGACCAACGGCUUGUACCAGCCCACGGUGCAUCGGGUCAUCAACAGCCAUCCCUCGGCCUCGCGGAUCUCCAUACCCUUCUUCUUCGAGCCCAACUUCGAGGCCACCGUCCGGCCCCUACCGCAAUUCUGCCCGCCCGGCGAGCAGCCCAAACACGCACCUGUGCGGUAUGGCACGCACCUGGAGAGCAAAGUACUGAACAACUUUGAGCUUUGA